AAAUGGUGACCCCGCAUGAAAAUCCCGCCUUUAUAGGAGAUGAUGGUGUGAAUAAAUCACAGGAUUUAAAUAAUCAUUCAAAUAGUGAGCCCCCUCCCAAACCCGGCAAACCUGUCAAAGAACGUGAACAAUGGGGUAAAGGUGUCGAAUUUCUUAUGUCCUGCAUAGCCAUGUCUGUGGGUUUAGGCAAUGUUUGGCGUUUUCCAUUUACCGCCCUCGACAAUGGUGGUGGAGCAUUUUUAAUACCCUAUUUGGUGGUAUUGUUUCUUAUUGGUAAACCCAUAUAUUAUUUGGAAAUGAUUAUUGGACAAUUUUCAAGUCGUGGUUCGGUGAAGGUAUUCGAUUUGUGUCCAGCCAUGAGAGGCAUUGGUAUUGGCCAAGUUGUCUCAAUAUCAAUGGUCACCACAUAUUAUGUUGCCAUCAUGGGCAUGACCACCCGUUACCUAUUCGAUUCAUUUCGUUCACCAUUGCCUUGGUCACAGUGUGACGAUUCAUGGAAUGCUGUUUGUGUAGCAUCCAAUGAGAAAAAUACCGCCGAUUUCCUAUACAAUUCUGCUGAUAAUAUUUCGAGUAAGCUAGUGACGAACUCAUCGGUUUUGAUGAGUUUAAAUAAUGUUUCAACAUCGGCGGCGGCAUUGCAAAGUGCUAAACCAACAUCAUCGGCAGAAUUGUAUUUUAUCAAUGAAGUCUUACGCGAAAAAGCCAACAUAAAUGAUGGCAUUGGUCUACCCAAUUGGGAGCUGGUAUUGGGUUUAUUCGUAUCCUGGCUUUGUGUUUUCCUUAUUAUAUUUAAAGGCGUGAAGAGCUCUGGCAAAGCUUCAUACUUCUUGGCCAUAUUCCCUUAUAUUAUCAUGGCUGUUCUAUUAAUUAGAGCUGUAACCUUGCCGGGAUCUUUGGAUGGUAUUAUUUACUUUAUUAAACCUGAUUGGGGUAAAAUUCUGGAUCCAAAGGUCUGGUAUGCCGCUGUAACCCAAUGUUUCUAUUCGCUCUCAGUGUGCUUCGGCAAUAUUAUUAUGUAUUCGUCGUAUAAUAAAUUUGGACAUAAUGUACAUCGUGAUGCCACCAUUGUAACCGGAUUGGAUACCUGCACCUCUCUGUUGGCUGGUUUUACAAUUUUCGGUAUUUUGGGUCAUUUGGCACAUGAAAUUGGUACCGAUGAUAUUGGUAGUGUGGUCAAAGGAGGUGCUGGCUUGGCCUUUAUUUCAUACCCGGAUGCUAUUGCCAAAUUCCAAAGUUUACCACAAAUUUUCUCGGUGCUAUUCUUUUUGAUGUUAUUUGUGUUGGGUAUUGGUUCCAACAUCGCUAUGACUUCGUGUACCGUCACCGCCAUACGUGAUAAUUUCCCCAAAAUUAAACAAUGGCAGUGUGCAUUGGGUAUUGCCGUAUUCAGUUUUUGUGUUGGAUUGGCCUAUGUUACACCGGGUGGCCAAUUCAUUUUAACCUUGGUGGAUUACUUUGGAGCUUCCAUGAUUGCUUUGAUAUUGGGCAUUGCCGAAUUAUAUGUCUUGGGUUGGGUUUAUGGUGUGGAUCGUCUGUGCCGUGAUGCUGAAUUUAUGAUGGGUCGCAAGGUUGGUCCCUACUGGCGUUGGUGUUGGGCUGUGGUCACUCCUUUGAUUAUGACCGCCAUUUUGGUAUAUUUCCUCUCCACCUAUACACCUUUAACCUACAACAAUGUGACGUAUCCAAAUUGGGCAUAUGCUAUUGGCUGGACCAUCACUUGCUUUGGUGUCCUACAACUACCCAUUUGGAUUGUGGUAGGUGCCAUCCGUGCUCCCGGCUCAACGUGGUCAGAAAAACUCCGAAAUGCCUUUAAACCCAAACAUGAUUGGGGUCCAAGAGAUCCUCUGCUGCGCGAACAAUACAACAAAGAGCUGGCGAAUGAAGCCAUAGCCAAUCAAAAUUUGGGUUGUUGGGGUUAUAUUAAGAAAAACAUUAUGGGCUGA